AUGGCCACUAGCUUCAAGAUCAUUUACACUAGUGCUUUCCUUCUUGCAGUAGUAGUUUUCUCCAAUGAGAUUAUUUCCAUGGAGGGAAGGCAGUUAAGGACACAAAUAAACAAGAAGUACUCGUGUGAAAACCAUGCAAUAUCCAUUUGUGAUGAUAACAACGAAAGAUCAUCAGAGAUAUUGAGUCGAAGAACUUACAUCGGUAAUAAUCACAAGUACUACUACUUCAUGCGCCGUGACGUUUUAGACCAUGAAGCAGAUUCUGAACCUGCUGCAGGUGCUGAUCAAGGCCGCUCUGGUACUGUUGACAAUGUUGAAGCAAGCGGUGCUGAUGAUUUCCGACCCACUGAGCCAGGACACAGUCCCGGUGCUGGCCAUUCGAAAGGGCCUCGAAGCGCAGAUAUUCCAAACCUGUAG